AUGAUUCACUCCAGAUACGAUUCAAGGUGGAAUGACAGGAAGCCAGAGCAUAGCCCAGUGGAGCACCGCUACCAAGCCCCAACACGCAGUUUGAGCAGAGUCAGAAAACCAUAUGAUUGCCAGCUAAUAAGAACCGAGAGUAGACAGUUCAGAUUGAACCGGUAUAAAAUACCGGAGUACAGCCUCAAUGUCGAACCAACCCAAGUCGUCGCGAUUAUGAAAGGAAUGAGAUCCACCGUUAAGUGGCCAAGCAAGCUCAACCCCAAAGCAAGGAGAGACAAGACUAAAUGGUGCGAGUUCCAUGGCGAUCAUGGGCACAACACCGCAGACUGCAUUGCCUUGUGGCUAGAGGUCGCUGCACUUCUAAAGAGGGGACAUCUCCAAGAUUUGCUAACUGCUAAGAGGAAGAACACCAUUAGCCACAAAAGUUCAAAAGAACCAUCACCACCUCCGCGAGAACCCACACCAAAAGGAUUCUGUUCGCUCAUCUCCGGAGGAUCAGAGAUCAGUGUGGUAAGUUAUUCAUCAACUAAACGAUAUGCCAGAACCAACCACCACCAUGAAGUCCAGUCCAUCCAUCUGGUCUCAGGGUCACACACCCAUCACGUAAUUCAAUUUGAAGAUGACGAGUCGGUCACCUUGGCCGCUCCUCAUCACGAUGCUCUAGUCAUCUCCCUGCAGAUCGCCACAUCCUAG